AUGAAACUCAUUAAUUCUAUCUCAUUUUUGUUCGCGGCUCUUUUAAUCCUAGUACCGAAUUCUAUUAUAGCCGUGCUUCCUGGAACUUGGCCUCCAUUAAAUGCUCCUCCGCCGGCAAAUGCAAAUUAUACAAAGCUUGUAAAUACAACUAAACUUAGGAAUGCUCCUGUUAACAAAGUAAAUGCUACCUGUCCGACUACCGACCAAUAUUGUUAUUGGACUUGCAGCACUUGCACUCGAAAUGAUACUGACAUUAUUCGAUGUCCAAACAAGUUAGAUUGGGGUCUUACUUUAGAUGAUGGUCCAACUUCUUUCACAACUUCGGUUCUGGACUAUUUAGACACACAAAAUAUCAAAGUCACUUUCUUUGUUAUCGGAUCAAAUGUAUAUACAAAUCCUGACAUCUUAUUAAGAGCUUACAAAGCUGGUCAUCAAAUCGGUGUACAUACUUGGUCACAUAAUCAAUUAACCACCCAAACCACCGAAGUAGUUAUUGCUGAACUUAUGUAUACUCGUGAUGCUAUAAAAGCUGCUAUUAAUGCUACUCCUAAAUAUAUGCGUCCACCAUAUGGGGAUUACGAUGAUCGAAUUCGUGAUAUUUCAACUCAACUUGGUAUGAAACCAACUAUUUGGGAUUUAGAUACAAACGACUGGAUGUCGGCUGAAGAUCCAACUUUCAACUUGAACUGGAUCGCUGCUAACUUUACUCAAUGGGUUGCCGAUCCCACCCUCACCGCUACUGGUCAUAUCUCCCUUGAACACGAUUUAUAUAAUCAAACCGCUGCUCAAAUUCCUAUUGUCGUGCCAAUUCUUAAGAAAGCUAAUUAUACUAUAAAACCUGUUAGUCAAUGUAUCAACGAUCCUUAUCCUUAUGUUGAGAGUGUAGUCACGCCUACAGCUGUAGCAACUCCAACUACACGCGCUUCUGCUCCAACCCCUACAACUGACACAAGUCAAAUCAGAGGUUCUCCAACUCAGCAUGCCGUAACCAGUACAACUCCAACAUCUGGUAUAAUCUUCUUUCCCGAUGUUAAUGGCUGUUUCGGCAAAGCAAUCAACUAA